AUGGAACAUGUUCAAGAAGGGGAGGAUACACAAUUUGCUGAAGUAUGUUACAUGAGCAAUGGGCAAGGAGGCUACAACAAAAGAUAUUACAAUUACAAAGCCAACCCAGCCAUGUCUUACAGAAACACUGAUGUAGCUAAUCCACAAGACCAGGUCUACCCUCAACAACAGCAAGCUCGAUCGAGUCAAGCCCCCCAACGUGAAUAUGGUCCGAAAAACUACUAUCACAGCCCUCAAGGGACUUUUCCUGCUGAUGGUGUUGUGGACACAAGCAAGAAAUUGGCUGAAAUCAACUCCAAGAUUGAGAACCUCAACACAAGAGUGUACUCUCUGGAGAAUCAUGCCUCUUAUGUUGUUUCUGCUACGAAGCAAGGACAACUAUCUGGUAAAGCAAUUCAGAACCCCAAUGAUCAGUGCAAGGUCAUCUUCACUCAAGAAAGGCUUGAUGAAGAAGAGGAUCAAGAAAGAGUCAUGGACGAAUUCUGUUUGCUGCUGAAUGACGACGGCAUUGUUGCUGCUGAGGCUCCUGGAGUCCCGAAUGAUCAACCUGAAGUGCACGCCACUACCGUAGCUUUUCACACUUCACCACCAGUUGAUCCAUCAUCAUGCCGCCUACUCAGUCAAAGCCAUAAGGAAGUGAUUCACCAGUUUAGAAGAGACCUCAGUGAGAUUGAAGUUGAGUUGCCUUCUAUGGAAAGCAUGAGUGAGACAUUUGAGCAAAUGAAGUUGAUUCAAGAUGUUAUGGCUAACAAGGAAAAAGUUUCAGAGCUUCUGGAGAUGUCUACUCACCAAAUCAACCUGCUUACCUCACCUACUUUCUUACCAAAGUGCAAGUAUCAACCUAAUCUCCCUCACAAUGGCAGAAAAGCUUGGCAUUGCUGGAGCAUUGCAGCGCCCUACUACUUCAAUCAUGUUUGGAGAUGCAACUUCAAAAUCUCCUCUUGGUGUUUCAAGAACUAUCACUUGAAAAUAGGAGAAUGCAUCAUCCAAACUGACCUCACUGUCAUGGAGAUGGAAGAAGGGAAAGAUCUACCUCUGCUAUUGGGAACCCCAUUCCUUAGCACAGUUGGCGCUUCAAUAGACUUUCACAAGCAAGAAGUUGAGAAGGACCAACGAGUUGACAAGGGAACAAGGAUUGAGAAACCACGCCUUGAGAGGCCAAGACUUGAGAGACCACGAUCUGAUAGGCCACGAGCUGAUAGACUUGUUCAAGCACCAUGUGUCCUUGAUGAGGAAAGCCUCCAAGCUUUGUUUGAUGAGCCACUAGGAAGCCUCAAAAAGAAGGGGAGGAUGCAGCCUCAAAGGCACUUGUGGGAGAGAAAAGAAAGGACCCACCAGCUCAGGUUUCCUCAGCAAGCCAUCUCAGCUCACUAUGACCUUGUUUCCACCAAAUUUGAAAAUGGAAAGAUUGAGUACAAGAUAAGGUACAAAGGGAGAUCAAGACCAUUCUCUAGAGCCAAGGCCUUGGUCACUUCAGAGCAGUCCAGGAUACAACCAAGCUAA